AUCACACUUGAGGGCAAAGAGGUUAGGAAGCCGGCAUGGCGCUCCGGUCAAUAAAAUCGAUAGCUGGAAGCUGCCUGUGUUCCAGGCUAAGGCGGUGCGGUAGCGGCGCCGCCAUCUUCCCCGAAGGCAUCUUCCGGUGCCUUUCACCGAAGUUCGGGCAGGAGUUUCCUGAAUAACAGCAAAAGGUUUCCGUUAGCCCCGCAAGGCGGCUGAUUCCGAUUCCCUCAGGGCCUCCCCAGGCACGCUCAGCUCCGGGCCGGCGGGGGUUCCCAAAUCCCGGGGUCCGCCGGGGGUCCAGGCCGGGACGGGGAAGGCCGUGGCGCCGGCUCCUGGGGUCCAAUGGCGCCACCUUCGGCUCCGCUCUCCGCGCGGGGAUCAGGAGAGGCCGGACCCGGCCGGAGAAGGGGAAGGAGGCCGAGGGCGGUGAAGUUCGCGGACGUGGCCGUGUACUUCUCCCCGGAGGAGUGGGGCUGUCUGCGGCCCGCGCAGAGGGCCCUGUACCGGGACGUGAUGCGGGAGACCUACGGCCACCUGGGCGCGCUCGGGUGCGCAGGUCCCAAACCAGCCCUCAUCUCCUGGUUGGAACGAAAUACCGAUGAUUGGGAACCGGCCGCCCUGGAUCCGCAGGAGUGCCCAAGGGGGUUAACAGUCCAAAGAAGUGAAACCAGAAAGAAGGACGGAGAGAAGGAAGUGUUCCCACCUAAGGAGGCGCCCCGAAAGGGCAAGCGAGGCCGGCGGCCCAGCAAACCCCGCCUGAUCCCCAGGCAGACUUCUGGGGGCCCCAUCUGCCCUGACUGUGGUUGCACCUUCCCUGAUCGGCUGGCCCUGGAGAGCCACAAGUGUGCCCAGAAUCUGAAAAAGCCUUACCCUUGCCCAGACUGUGGCCGCCGCUUUUCCUACCCCUCCCUGCUGGUCAGUCACCGGCGGGCACACUCUGGCGAGUGUCCCUAUGUCUGUGACCAGUGCGGCAAACGUUUCUCCCAGCGCAAGAACCUCUCGCAGCACCAGGUCAUCCACACAGGCGAGAAGCCCUACCACUGCCCUGACUGUGGCCGCUGCUUCCGGAGGAGCCGGUCCCUGGCCAAUCACCGGACCACGCACACCGGCGAAAAACCCCACCAGUGCCCCAGCUGCGGGAGGCGCUUUGCCUACCCCUCCCUGCUAGCCAUCCACCAGCGCACGCACACGGGCGAGAAGCCCUACACCUGCCUGGAAUGCAACCGCCGCUUCCGACAGCGCACCGCCCUGGUCAUCCACCAGCGCAUCCACACGGGCGAGAAGCCCUACCCGUGUCCAGACUGCGAGCGGCGCUUCUCCUCGUCCUCUCGCCUGGUCAGCCACCGGCGGGUGCACUCCGGGGAGCGCCCCUACGCCUGCGAGCACUGCGAGGCCCGCUUCUCCCAGCGCAGCACGCUGCUCCAGCACCAGCUCUUGCACACGGGGGAGAAGCCCUACCCGUGCCCGGACUGCGGCCGUGCCUUCCGGCGGAGCGGCUCGCUGGCCAUCCACCGCAGCACGCACACCGAGGAGAAGCUGCACGCCUGCGACGACUGUGGCCGCCGCUUCGCCUACCCCUCGCUCCUGGCCAGUCACCGGCGCGUGCACUCAGGCGAGCGGCCCUACGCGUGCGACCUGUGCUCCAAACGCUUCGCCCAGUGGAGCCACCUGGCGCAGCACCAGCUCCUGCACACCGGGGAGAAGCCCUUCCCCUGCCUGGAGUGUGGCCGUUGCUUCCGCCAGAGGUGGUCUCUGGCCGUCCACAAGUGUAGCCCCAGGGCCGCUAUAGGGGGCGCCGGCCAGAAGGGCAGUGCCCUUUAGUACGGGAAGGACGGUAGAUUCUCACUUCAUUUCGUGGAGGGGUCCAGGGAAGGAGAAGCCCCGGGUCGUACAAGGCAGAGUCCGCAGGAAAACCCAGGUCUCCUGCUACGGAGACCUGAACUUUAGUCUGUUUCACCACACUGGCUGCCAUAUCGCUUGUGUCUAGAACGGACAGUCCCGUCAGGACAGGGGACAU